ACCCCGUUGCCACAAUACCGGCAUGGUGGCGCAGCCUUCGUGAUAGCAUUAUCAGGAGGCCGCUAUCGACCGGUCGACGGCCAUCUUGCGACGCGCAUGCUCAAAAUAAAUGCGACAAAACUGAAAACUGACGUUUCCCUCAGAGCGGCAGUGCUAUCGUGAAAAACGAACGGAUCCGUUACUAAUACAGUAAAUAUUAGCAGGAUUUUUUAAAAUAUAAAAAUCUAAAAAAAUUAUGCACGCGUUUAAAGGAUUUUAAAAACUUAAUUGGUUACAAAACAUCAUUUCCGUCGAUUCGGAAACAGCAAAAUGAUCGACCCAAGCUCAUCUGAAGAAGACAGUGAGGAUGAACACAAGAAACAGCCAGUUAAAUUACCAGUUGUGCCUCCUGGUGCGUUGGCCGGGGGUCGUCCAUCCGUCCGCGGGAAACCAGAGCUUCCACGGGGGUCAACGGCCGGACUUGCAGGUCCUAGUACAUUGACGGCAUCACAACUGGCGGCACCUCUUCAUCCUGCUACCAGACAGAGGGAGACAGCAGCUCUGGCCCCACCACCACACGCAUCUUUCUUACGCAGGACCUCUACGGGGAGUGCAAGCUCGGGGGAGGCGCCUGCGCCCUCACCCAGCCCCUCUGGAGCCAGCCAUUCUGACAAGGACCAAGAUCCACAGGAAAAGAUAGAAAAGUUAGAAGAGGACAAGAAAAGGCGUCUCCAACUCUACGUGUUCGUCUCGAGGUGUAUAGCUCAUCCCUUUAACGCGAAGCAACCCACAGAUAUGACGAGAAGACAUACGAAGCUGACUCCCCAUCAACUUGAAACCAUACAGGCUCGAUUUCAGGCAUUCCUCAAAGGUGAAACUCAGAUAUUGGCGGACGAAGCCUUCCAGAACGCCGUACAGUCUUACCACGACAUAUUCUUGAAGUCAGAGAGAGUGGAGCAGAUGGUGAAGUCCGGAGCUUGCUCGCAUCACGACUUCCGAGAGGUCUUCAGGAAUAAUAUCGAAAAGAGAGUCAGGUCUUUGCCGGAAAUCGACGGACUCAGUAAAGAAACAGUGCUAUCGUCGUGGCUGGCAAAGUUUGAUUGCAUUAUGAAAGGAACCGGAAUACCUGGGGACGACGACUCCAAGAGGCCAUCCCGGGCCCAGCAGCAGAGCUUGAACGCGGAAUGCAUCCUCAGUAAGGAGCAGCUUUACGAUAUGUUCCAACAGAUUCUCGGCGUGAAGAAAUUUGAACACCAACUGCUGUUUAAUGCCUUAUUGCUGGACUCAGCAGACGAACAAGCGGCUGCCAUUAGAAGAGAAUUAGACGGUAGAAUGCAAAAAGUUAACGAAAUGGAGAAGAAUCGGAAGCUGAUGCCGAAGUUUGUGCUUAAAGAAAUGGAAUCCCUGUACAUUGAGGAGCUGAAGUCAUCCAUCAACCUCCUCAUGGCGAAUCUGGAGUCCCUGCCCGUGUCGAAGGGAGGGGCGGACUCCAAAUACGGACUCCACAAAAUCAAGCGGUAUAACCACAGCAGAUCAAAUGCCGGACCGGAUCCGAGUCCAAGGUUGAGUAAGCAGCUAUGUUUCAGAUCCCAAGGCUCUUUAGCCAACAAACUGACGGGAGAAACGGACGGCGAAGUUGACACGCAGCUCACCAAAAUGGACGUUGUGCUAACAUUCCAAAUCGAGGUAGUCGUCAUGGAGGUUAAGGGUCUGAAGUCAUUGGCACCAAAUAGAAUAGUUUACUGCACUAUGGAAGUGGAGGGUGGUGAUAAACUGCAGACUGAUCAAGCUGAGGCGUCCAAGCCUAUGUGGGACACGCAAGGUGAUUUUAGUACAACGCAGCCUCUUCCAGCCGUGAAAGUGAAACUUUACACAGAGAACCCCGGAGUUUUGGCUUUGGAAGACAAAGAACUGGGGAAAGUGGUCUUAAGACCUACACCGUUGUCUAGUAAGGCGCCGGAGUGGCACAGGAUGACGGUUCCGAAGAAUCUACCUGACCAGGACUUGAGGAUCAAGAUCGCGUGUCGGAUGGACAAGCCUUUGAAUAUGAAGCAUUGCGGCUACUUGCACGUAAUAGGGAAGAACGUGUGGCGGAAAUGGAAACGCCGGUACAUGGUGCUCGUGCAGGUCAGCCAGUACACCUUCGCGCUUUGCUCCUAUAAAGACAAGAAGUCAGAGCCGGCCGAGAUGAUGCAGCUCGACGGCUUCACUGUCGACUACAUAGAGCUCGCAAGCGCCCAACUCAUCGUUGGACAAGGUAAGAAAGAAAAUUUCAACACUAAACUGGAAGGCGCGAAGUACUUCAUGAACGCGGUCCGCGACGGAGAGUCGGUGCUGAUGGGAACCACAGACGAGAACGAGUGCCAUCUGUGGGUGAUGGCGUUGUACAGAGCGACGGGACAAAGUCACAAACCCACUCCCCCCACCACGUCCGAUACGCAUCACAAGAUAAUGGGAGACGCAGACAAAGCUCGUAAGCACGGAAUGGAGGACUACAUCCAGGCGGACCCGUGCCAGUUCGACCACCACCAACUGUUCUGCACGCUGCAGUCGCUGACCUUGAAAUAUCGACUACAAGACCCUUAUUGCUCGCUGGGUUGGUUCUCCCCCGGCCAAGUGUUCGUCCUGGACGAGUACUGCGCCCGGUACGGAGUGCGAGGCUGCUAUCGACACCUCUGCUACCUCUCCGACCUUUUGGACGUGGCGGAGAGCGGGCAGCAGACCGUGGACCCGACCCUCAUGCACUACUCCUUCGCGUUCUGCGCCAGCCACGUGCACGGGAACAGAGUAAGCCCUACGGGAGACGUGGUUCACAGUACCGCGACGUUGCCUGGCAGGCCAGACGGCGUUGGCAGCAUCACCGUCCAGGAGAAGGAGAAGUUCGCCGAGAUCAAAGAGCGGCUGAAGACGUUACUGCAACACCAAAUAACUAACUUUAGAUACGCAUUCCCGUUCGGAAGACCGGAGGGAGCUCUGAAGGCUACGCUGUCGCUCUUGGAGAGAGUGCUGAUGAAAGACGUGGUGACACCGGUGGCGCCGGAGGAGGUGCGGACAAUGAUACAGACGAGCUUGGAGAACGCGGCGCUUCUGAACUACACGCAGCUCAGUCAGAAAGCCAACAUCGAAGAAGAUCUCAGAGGCGAUACCAUGGUAACGCCAGCUAAAAAAUUAGAAGAUCUCAUACAUCUGGCAGAACUCUGCGUUGACCUACUACAGCAAAACGAAGAACAUUACGCGGAGGUUUAUAACACAAAACCGGAUUCUAGCGGUCAACAAAAUGCAUUUGCAUGGUUCUCUGAACUUCUGGUGGAACACGCUGAGAUCUUCUGGGCACUGUUCGCCGUGGACAUGGACCGCGUUCUGUCCGAGCAGCCACCGGACACAUGGGAUUCGUUCCCACUCUUCCAAAUAUUAAACGACUAUUUAAGAACAGAUACUGAUACCGAAGGAACAUACCCAAUGGAUAAUUUAAAAGGUGGCAGAUUCCACGAACAUCUCCGAGAUACGUUUGCGCCAUUGGUUGUACGUUACGUGGACCUGAUGGAGAGUUCUAUAGCUCAAUCACUUCAUAAAGGUUUCGAAAAGGAGCGAUGGGAAAUAAAGGGUAAUGGCUGCGCGACUAGCGAAGAGUUGUUCUGGAAGCUGGACGCGUUGCAGUGCUUCAUCAGAGACCUUCACUGGCCAGAGCCGGAGUUCCGUUCACACCUUGAACAGCGACUCAAACUCAUGGCUAGUGACAUGAUGGAAACUUUAAUACAGAGGACCGAGGCUGCUUUUCAGUCGUGGUUGAAGAAGAGCGUCACUUUCAUGUCCACGGACUACAUACUGCCGGCCGAGACGUGCGCGAUGGUCAACGUCGCGCUGGACGCGAAGAACCAGGCCCUCAAGCUCUGCGCAGUUGAAGGGGUGGAUAUUUAUCAGUACCACGCCAAAAUGGACGGUCAAAUCGAGGCCUGUCUAGUGGCGAUGGCAACUGGCAUGACAACAAGACUGUCCGCUGUUCUCGAAGCGACCUUAGCUAAGAUUGCAAGAUUCGAUGAGGGAAGCCUUAUCGGCUCCAUCCUUACAAUUGCCAACGUGUCCGGCUCUGGCAAGGACAUCGGUCAGGGCUACGUCAACUUCAUGAGAAACUCCAUGGACCAAAUCAGAUCAAAGGUAACCGACGAGCUCUGGAUCCUGCAGCUCUUCGAGCAAUGGUACGGGAACCAGGUGACGAUGAUCAACAAUUGGUUGUCAGAACGACCGGCGUUACAUCCUCACCAGGUCGCCUGCCUCUCCAUCUUGUUAAAGAAAAUGUACAGCGACUUCGAGCUACAGGGGGUCAUUGAUGACAAGUUAAACUCUAAGACGUACCAGGGAGUCGCGGCCCGGAUGCACACUGAAGAAGCGACGUGCAGCCUGUUGCUGAGUCAGCAAGACGGCGGUGGCGGUGACGAUGGUGGUUCCGAAGAAGGCUCAAGAGGUGGAAAGUCGAAACUAGAAGCCCUCACCGAGGAAGCUAAGCUAGGCAACGUUACGGCUGUAGUUGGAAAGGUUGGAAAUAUGUUUGGUCGCGGCAUAGGAGAACUGUCAACGAAACUAGGAGGCGCUUCGUCAUGGUUCUAGUAUAUUACGUUUAGUAUUAAAAUCAUCAUGAACAUAAAGAAGUCGAUAACGUAUCGAUCGAAAGGAUGAGGACAAGCUUUUUGUUGAAUUGCAUUGUGAAAACACCUUGAAUACAAUAAAACGAUGCAACUAACAAAAAAGCUCAAAUAUUCUGUGAUGAUAAAAAGAAUUCGUUUGCAAAUCUAUGCAAGAAUGUCCGCCAUUUUGAUAGUCUAAGUGUCAACAUAAUGGCGUAUUAACCAUUAGAAAUUAAAAAAAUAUAUAAAUAUAUAUAUUAUUAUAAGUGGCCAGUUGCAUACUUAGCUUAUUAGUGUGAUUACUAAAAUUUAUUAGAUACGAUAUUUAUAUUUUAUUUUAUAAAGGAAGCUUUAUGUACAGUUAGAAUGUCAUUUCUUUAUCGACAAAAAAAAUAUUGGACGUGUAUGUAUAUUAAAGUUGUAGUAUUUGAUAACACUAUUGAUUAAAUUAAUGGAAAAAAUGUAUUGAAGCGUAAACACGAGGCUACAAUAAGGAAACAUAUCGCUUUGGCUAAUAAUCUUAUGUUCUAAAAUUAUGUUUAGGAUUGUUUCGAGUUAGGUGAGGGCGGACUGCGUGCACGUCGAAAACAUAUUGAUAGAAUCCAUUUAAAUCGUGAUUACCACCUCCCAAACAGUUCCUCGUCUAAUCAAUCUCAUAACUGAAUUAACUAAACAAUUUUCGAACACACGUUCAAAUAAAACACUUCUUGUACCGUACGCGUAAAUAAAACCUACUGAAAAUGUUGCCAUGUUGCCAAAAGUGCCUAAUUUUGGCAGCAGACUUCUUUGACAGAAUUCAAUGAGAAGCUGAGUUAAAAUUGUUUUGUUUUAAAAUUACGGCAAAGAUCUUGAAAUUGUUUUUGGAAAUGUCAGUAAUACUUUCUAGUCUCAUUAAAUUAAAAUUUAGAAUUUAACAGCAACGAACUAUCGUAGACGUUUCAAAUUUCGGAUCUUUUUCUCUUGGAACUUUUAACCUUUUUAAAUAAUUAUUGACAAUCUUCUUAAAAAAAACAGGCUUUUGAAUUUAAACUUAGAAAAAGAGUACUAUUUGAACAGAUCUAAUUAUAUUUCGCUACAGCAACGUUUUCAAAUUAAACCGCUCUUUUCUAGUGCAUUCUAUGUAGAGAAAAUAAAACUAUUUACAUUAUAAUCUUAUUGAUAGUCGUUAUUGAUAACAGAAUAAAUAUUCUUCUACGCUAAUAACUUAUAACUUUCUAUUACAAUACAUUAGUAGGUUCUACCAACCUAGUACAAAAUUGAUGAUAAUAAAUGUGGAUUGUGCUGAUUCGCUCGGAAGCGCUUGUUAUGAAAUUUAAGAAUGAUUGUGACUCCUUUAUCCUUUCUUUAACCUCCAAUUAAUUUGCAAAUCUAUUCUAAAAUAUAUCUUGAAGAAUUCGAAAUUAACUGUAUCAACAUUUUUAGUUUUUAAAUAAUCAUGAUUUUUUUUAUUUAUCUUAGAUUUAUUCUUGUCUUACUUAUCACCAUCAUUUAUGGUAUUCUAUGUUUAUAUUAAAAUGCGUGAGCAGGGUAGGUCGUCAUUAAAAAAUAAAUAAAAACCACCCUUAAGAAAAAAAAACAAUUAUUUUAAAUUAUAUUAUUGCAUUGAUAUAAUUGGUAUUGUAUUGAUGGCUGAUGAUCUCUAGGCCCUCAUGGUGUUAAUAUGGUUAUGUGAUUACAUUGACAUGAGCCCAGUAGUCGUAAGACGUAUAGACGUAAGAGCAUAGUUCCCUAAUCGGUCUGUGUCCAUACCAUAAUGAAUUAAUGAACCACAUCACACAAACCACAGAUAAUCUUAAACCACUUGAUAUUCAUUUUCACUUUUAAAACUUAAAUAUUUUAUCAAAAAUUUUACACUGUAAGAUAACAGCUUAACACUAUUGUACACAGUAACUUAUUUUAAUAAAUGUUCACAAGACCAUGGAGUAUUAGUGUAAUGCUUAAUGUUUACACAAUAACGGCUCAAAAAUAAUGAUAAUCUCGUCCAAGCUCUCAUUCUACCCAUAAUUGAUUACGCCGAUGCCUGCUACUUGGAUGCCACUGAGGAGCUCUCAAACAAGCUUGAGAGGAUGCAAAAUCUAUGUAUCCGUUUUAUAUACAAUCUCAGAAAAUUCGAUCAUGUUUCUCAUUUUCGCAAAGAACUUAAAUGGCUCCCUAUACGCCUUCGUAGGAAUACUCGAAUAUUAUGUCUCCUAUUCAAUAUCCUACAUAAGCCCACUUCUCCCUUAUAUUUACGUGAGCGAUUCUCUUUCAUUCGUUCUCCUGAUGCUCCCUGCAGGUCCAACCAACGUUCUGUUUUGUUAUUCCCUUCCCACAAAACCAAUUUCUAUUCUCACUCCUUUACUGUGCACGCGGUCAGACUGUGGAAUUCGUUGCCGGCUGACAUCCGAGUUUGCAAGUCUGUUUCUGUUUUUAAAUACAAGGUCAAACAAUUUUAUCUAUCAUCAACCGAAUGAUCAUGGUUCUAUACUCUUCGCAUAUACGAGUGUUACUGUGUUACUUAUAAUAUUUGCUAUGUGUAUGUGCUAUAAUUCUCAUGUUGUAUUUGUUAUUUUAGUUAUGUGUUAUUUGUUCUACACACACUUAUCACUUUUUAUUAUUAUUCUCAUUAUCCUCUCGCAGGUCUGCUGGAAGAGAUUUCUCAAAGAAAUAAGCAGUGCCUUUGUACAUAAUUUUCCUAUUACUCUGUACUGUGUCUUGUUUUCUGUGUGUACAUAAAUAAAUAAAUAAAUAAAAAUAAAUAAUUUUUGACAGAUGUUAUCGUUGCUACUAAAUUUCUUACAUCAGCUAGUUUUCUUUCUAUCUGUAUGACAACUUGAGUUUGAAGUUAAUUACUACUUUAUUUAAAACAAUCCAGGAUUUAAGAAGAAACUUUUUUCCGAAAUGUUAAAAUUGUCAAAUUAAUUAAUUUAAUUUGUUGAUCAGUACCUAAUAAUGAACAAAUUUAGUUUAAUUUAUAGUAAUUCUACUAUAAAACAAAAACAACUUUAAUUAAAAAUAAAUAAAUGUGUGUAUGUCCAUAAAAUGCAAAAAGCAUUUAAAAAGUAUCGUAGAGGUCGUCAGUUCCAAUAUUAACGUGCCCGAUUUAUUAUAAAAGCUUAGAAAUGCGUGUUUAUUAAUGUUCUGGAACAUUCGCAAUGGGUAUUGGUAUAACGUGCCUCCAAUUAAAACAUGGUCACCAUAUUUUUCUCAAUAAAAUAUUCAAAACCACCAUUGCGAGUUAUCUGUUUGCUUAUAAGCUGUUGAGUACAUCGCAAGUGUAAAGGAUACAAUAAAUAAUAUUUACAAUAUAAUUAAAAUACAAUGUUUACUGUUG